AUGCCGGCGGGGUUUCCACAGAUGUCACAGGGUAAUGGAUCUCAAUCUCAUGGACCUCCUGGAACAGAUGGUUCCAGCAGGCAAUGCGCUAGACUGAAAGAAGUUCAGAUAGGAGCCGUUGCGCCUGUACACCACAAGAAGAGAGUGAGCAAGGGUGCUGCUGAUCGUCACGAACAAAUGCCAAAGCGCAAGAUCCCCUCUAUCAGCAACAAAACCGCCAUGGCUUCUCUGCAGGAGUUCCGGCUGAUCUACAACAGCUUCAAGUUUCUGUUUCAGGACCAACCCACCUACAGACCGGAUGACUACGAGGCUCUGUGGGUCUUCAGAAACAGGUACUCUGUCAAAAAUUACGACGGCAGGAGGCUCGUGGGCCGCGUGCCCGGAGUCAAGGUCGGCGACGUGUUUGACUCCGACGCCGAGCUUCACCUCACCGGUCUCCACCGGUCGCGGGACUCGCACGUCGACUACAUCGUCAGCAAGCAGGAAGGCAGAACCAAGACAUAUCAGGCCGUCAGCGUCGUCUCGUCAUAUGGGCAGCAUUCUCACGACCAGAGCAACAACAAUCUGGAUCAUCUCUUGCUGCAUGUUGGAUCCGUGCCGUCGUCCAACGGAACUUUCAUGGCGGAUAUGUCGUCGGGUCUGGAGCAGUUCCCUGUGUCUGCCAUUAACCUCGUAUCAAACGAGCACCCGACGUCGUUUCUGUACAUCUCGCGCAUACGGUACCACCACGACCCAAGUGAUCAUCCGGAUCCUCCGUCGGGCUGUGACUGCGUUGGUCGAUGCUCGGACUCGCAAGACUGCGCGUGUGCCGUGAAAAAUGGAGGGCGGAUCCCUUUCGGCGAUCAUGGUGGCAUCAUAGAAGAAAAACCUCUUCUCUAUGAGUGUGGACCUUCAUGCAAGUGCCCUUCAACCUGUCACAACAGGGCCAGCCAGCAUAGAAUCAAGUUCCGCCUUCAAGUCUUCAAGACAGAACUGAUGGGUUGGGGAGUCAGGAGCCUUGAUUUUAUACCCGGGGGCAGCUUUGUGUGUGAAUACCUGGGAGAAUUGCUGGACAACGAAGAUGCCCAGAAGAGGGAAAAUGAUGAGUACCUGUUUGUUACUGGAGACAAUUAUUUCGAUGUACCACGUUGGGAGGAAUCACGCAAGACCAUCCCCUCGCUUCAGAAUCGCCGUGGAGGAGAUGAAGCCAAGGUCUUUGCUGUUGAUGCACUGGAAUGUGGCAACCUUGCAAGGUUCAUCAACCACAGCUGCAACCCCAACCUUUUUACGCAAAAUGUCCUUUACAAUCACCAAGAUAUCCGUAUGCCUCAUAUAAUGCUCUUCGCGUGUGGUGAUAUUCGUCCGCUUCAACCCUUGUCGCUUGACUACAAUUAUUCCAUCGGUAAAGUUCAUGACUCCCAGGGAAACAUCAAGAAGAAAAAAUGCUUCUGUAGGUCUAGUGGGUGCAAGGGACGGUUGUACUAG